AUGGUCCUGGUCGAUGUCCGCGGCAUUGAAGUCGAUUUCCCAUUUAAUCCCUAUCCAUGCCAGUUAGAUUACAUGACUAAUGUUAUACAAUGCCUGCAAGAGGGAAAAAAUGGUAUUUUAGAAAGCCCAACUGGCACUGGUAAAACGCUAUGCCUUCUGUGUGCUUGCUUGGCUUGGCGACAAACUUACGUUGCUCAGGUACAACUUAACCAACGGAUACAAAUGCAACAAUUGCAACAGAAUCCAAAUACGGACAGAAAUAUGCCGAAGAUAAUUUAUUCUUCACGUACUCAUUCACAAUUAUCCCAAGUCGUCAAUGAAUUAAAACAUACUAUUUAUAGGCCGAAAAUUUGUAUUCUAGGAUCUCGUGAACAAAUGUGCAUUCAUCCUGAAGUAGCAAAGUUACAAAGCAAUACAGCAAAGAUUCAUGCAUGUAGAGCUAAAGUAAAUGCCCGAACAUGUCAUUUCUGCAAUAAUGUAGAAACAAAAAAAGAUGAUCCUAGUUUUUCGGAAAAUAUCUUGGAUAUUGAAGAGUUGGUCGAAUUAGGAGGAAAACAGAAGGUUUGCCCUUAUUACAUGGCAAGAGAGCUAAGAUCCAAUGCCGAUAUAGUUUUCAUGCCUUAUAAUUACCUCAUCGAUUUCAAGUCUAGGCAAUCGAAUAGCAUUGAUAUGAAGAAUGCAAUUAUCAUUUGUGAUGAAGCCCAUAAUUUGGAAAAAAUUUGUGAAGAUUCAGCUUCUUUUGAUCUUUCAUCAGCCGAUAUUGCUAACUGCAUAGAUGAAGUUGACAACUUUAUUAAUAUUCUUCAAAGAAUAAAGUCAACUACAGAUAGCGAAGAAUAUGACGCAACAGGUAUGCGAUGCAAUGUUAAUAAUCUUUACUGUCUAACAAUGCGGUAUGUGAUUGAAUCUAGCUAUAUAUAUGAAAUAUUUAAACAACUUAAUGUAACAUUUGAAACAAAACACCUUUUUGUGCAAGUAUUGGGAAAGUGUAUAGAUGCCACAGUAUCAGAUAGCAAAACUCUAAGAGCAAAACACUUUGGAUUAGAAAAAGUUUUAGAUAUUUUAACGGUAAUUUUUCUUGAUUUAUCAUCUGGUUCUAGUUCGAAUUCGCAAAGAUAUUAUAAGGUAAUCAUAUACAUAGAGACUUUAAUAGACUAUUAUUCAAGCAAUUGUUGUCGGAUUCUUAGUUACUGGUGUUUUAGCCCUAGUUACAGUAUGAAAGAAUUAAUAGAUCAAGAAGUUCGAGCAGUAAUACUUACAAGUGGAACUCUUUCCCCGAUAGAAUCACUGGUUGCGGAAUUUCAAGUGAGCUUUCCAGUUCAGUUACAAAAUCCUCACGUUAUCGACAAGAAGCAAAUUUGGAUUGGUACUGUAUCUAAGGGCCCUUGUGGUACAGCUCUUAACUCAUCGUACAGAAAUCGAUCGUCAGCAGAAUAUUUAUCUUCGUUAGGCAAUACGAUUGUCAAUUUUGCCAGAAUAAUACCCGAUGGAUUGUUGGUAUUUUUUCCAUCUUAUCCGGUAAUGAAUUCCUGUAUUGAACAUUGGCAGUCCUCCGGUAUAUGGGACCGAAUAUGUCAACAUAAAAGUUUGCAUAUUGAACCCCAGCACAAAUCUGAAUUUAAUAGGGUAAUGGAUGAAUAUUAUUCGAGUGUAAGAGAUGAAAAUUGUAGUGGAGCCAUAUUUCUAGGUGUAUGUAGAGGAAAGGUUAGUGAGGGUGUUGAUUUUGCGGAUAUUAACGGUAGGGCUGUUAUAAUUACUGGCUUGCCCUUCCCUCCGAGUAAAGAAGCAAAGGUGAUGCUGAAAAUGCAGUAUCUAGAUGAAAACAUUGGAUUUAAAGAGCACAAGUCAAUAUGUGGGAGAGAUUGGUAUCGUCAACAGGCUUCUCGCGCCGUAAAUCAAGCAAUUGGCCGCGUAAUAAGGCAUCGAAAUGAUUAUGGUGCAAUAAUCCUUUGUGAUGAAAGAUUUAAUCAAAAAGACUCAAUAAGCCAGUUACCUAAGUGGUUAAAAGACUAUGUUCAAGCAUAUGGUAGUUUUGGCCUCACUCAAAAAAGUUUAAAAGAUUUCUUUUCUACUGCAAUGACUCUGGUUAGAUUGCACGUCAAUUUUUAA